AUGUCCGAGGAGAACCCCCGAGAGUGCGCGGAGCCCCCGGUGCCCCCGGAGCCCCCGGAGCCCGCGGAGCCCACGGUGCCCCCGGUCCAGGCCCCCCUGGAGAAAACCAGCGACUACUACCGCGUACACGAGGACCUGCCGGUCAGGUUCAACAACCCGGCCUGGUUCCGCGGCUACAGGACCAAGGAGCCCACCUCAGUGUACAGGACCAGCAACCAAGUGUACGGGAGCCGAGCCCCCACGGUGCACGAGAUGCCGAAAGCAUUCUAUGCAAAAUCGAAUACAUUUUCCAGACAACUAGCAGCUACUGGAAUGUUCCAGAACAAUUCUUUCAACGUCUUCAUGGAGAAGAGCAUCGUGACGGGCGCCGACAACCACAUCACCUCCUACGACCGGCUGAACUUCCACCGCAGCUACAACGUCAGCAGGCCGUCCAUCUGCAAUGACUGA